AUGAAGAAUCAGUUGCGACGAUUGAAGAAGGAGCCAGCAUUGUUGACAGAGUAUGAUUCUAUCAUCAGAGAACAGGUAGAGCAAGGGAUUGCAGAACCAGUAGCAGCAUUAGAGAAAGUUGAUAAAGUUCAUUAUUUAUUCAUUCGCAAGGAUGCAGUGACCACAAAGGAAA